CCAAGCCCGGCCGGGCCGCCCCGGCCUGAGGUCCAAGCAGCGGGGUGGAGCAGCGCCUGGACCCUGCUCUCGCUGAGCACCCUCCAAGGUAGGCGAGCCCCGGCGAUCUGCGGGCAGGUGAACCCUCCCGCCCCCCAGUCAAAUGUCAAUUACAGGAAUCCAUCUUCAUCCUUCUCAUCUUUUGGAAAUUGGAGUGGACAUGCUCCCUGUGUUGUGUCUGUUCACCAACAGCAAGAAAGCUCGCUCAAGCACUGCGCUCUAAACUUCUUCUAAUUAUUUUGCUGGGCUUCACAAUGACAGCAGUAACAGUGACCACGACAGUUCCCCUGAAGGGAAAGAUAGAAGAUAAUUCUGCCUCGUAUGAGUCCACAUCAGCUCACAUUAUUGAAGAAACCGAAUAUGUGAAAGAGAUUCGAACUACUCUGGAAAAGAUCCGAAAUCAAAUAUUUAAAGAUGAUGUAAGACAUAAUAGUACAAAUCACAAACAAGAUGCAAAGCACUGUCGACACGUUCAAAAUGGCUUUGACUCUGAAAUGGAUCCCUCUUGCUGCAGUUUGGAUCUGCUCAUGGAAAGGAUAAAAGGAAAAGACCUACAGCUCUUAGAAAUGAACAAAGAGAAUGAAGUGUUGAAAAUCAAGCUCGAAGCCUCCAGAGAAGCAGGAGCAGUGACUCUGAGAAAUGUGGCCCAGAGAUUAUUUGAAAACUAUCAAACACAGUCUAAAGAAGUUAGAAAGAAGCAUGAGGACAGUAGACACUUACUCCAGGUUAACACACUUGAAAAAGAACAGAAAUUGAAGCAACAUGUUGAAAAUCUGAAUCAAAUUGCUGAAAAGCUUGAAGAAAAACAUAAUCAAAUCACAGAACUGGAGAAUCUUGUACAGAGAAUGCAAAAGGAAAAGAGGACACUGCUAGAAAAAAAACUGUCUUUGGAAAACAAGCUGCUGCAUCUCAAAUCCAACGCUACGUAUGCUAAAAGUUGCCAGGAUCUUCAAAAGGAGAUAUCCCUCCUCCAGGAGCAGAUCUCUCAUCUGCAGUUUGUGAUUCACUCCCAGCAUCAGAACCUGCGCAGUGUCAUCCAGGAGAUGGAAGGCUUAAAAAAUAAUUUAAAAGAACAAGAUAAAAGAAUUGAAGAUCUGAAAGAAAAAGUUAACAUACUUGAAGCCCAGAACAAAGAACUAAAAACCAAGGUGGCACUUUGGUCUGAAAUUCCUAGGCCGAAGGUAUCCAAGGCCGUCUCUACAAGUGAAUUGAAGACUGAAGGCGUGACCCCAUAUUUGAUGUUGGUUAGGCUACGGAAAUGAGCCGCCUGGCUGAAGAACUGAGUGAGAAAGAUCACUACCUGCAUCUUAUUUACUCCUUGAAACACAGCCUAAAUUUACAUAUUAAAACUGCUCAAUGCCAGUAUUUAAUGGAAUAUAUUGUAUUAUAUUUAAUUUAUACAUCAAUAACUUUUCAGGAAGAUGACAUUUCAGAAAAUCAAACCAAUAUAUAUUCAAAGAAAGGAACUCUUUCUUCAAAACUUACUAAUGGAUGAAGAAACCAGAUGGUUUCCCACGAUGGAAGAUGAAUUUUUCUUUAAACUUAAAAAAAAACUGAAUUUUUUUUUUGGCAGAUUUUUGCUGAAGGAACUGGUUAAGGUUGUCAACUUUGAUCUUUUGAUAGUGGUUUUUAUGUACAGUCAUCCCUAGGUAUCCACAGGAGAUUGGUUCCAAGAGCCCCCUCAGGUACCAAAACCCAUUUGGAUGCUCAGUCCCAUAUAUAAAAUGGCAGAGUGCAGUUGGCCCUCUGUAUCCAUGGUUUCCACAUCCAUGGAUUCAACCAAUCGUCAGUGUGGAACCUGCAGGUACAGAGGUCUGACUGUACAUAAAUAUAAGGAAGAAUAUACAGGCAUGCUUCCUUUUACUGCACUUCACAGACUCUGUGGUUUGUUUGUUUUUUUUUUUACAAAUUGAAGGUUUGUGGCAACCUUGCAUUGUCAGAUGAUGGUUAGCAUUUUUUGGCAAUAAAGUGUUUUUAAAUUAA